UUUGUUUGUCCACAUGAGUUUUACGUUGAUUAUUACUCUAUCGCAACUGUUCCUGCACAGAAUUCUUUGCUUGACGGCCACUCGACCACAGAUGAAUUCUAAGACAGCGCCCCCUGGACCUAGGUUUGGAGGAGAUGAUUGUGCCCCAUCUGAUCAGAUUUAACUUUACCGGCUCUGUGAAACCUGCAUUGACCGAUACUGAUGCCGUACAGAUACUGCAAUGGAACUUGACCGUUUGUGCUUGUGUUAUCUUGCAACUGUACUUCCACACCAUUUUCGCCUUUGCCUUUGCUCUUCUCUCUUAGCGAACCAUUCGACUUGAAAGGGUUCCCGAAAAGCAGAGACGAUUGCACGCGACGGGACUCUCGAGGGUCCUCCGAUACAGAGAGGUAUCCGCAGAGCGCUCCGCAAGUGAUUGGCCGACAAAAAGCGGUUUAGGCCCAGGCACGAGAAACGGGUGGAUAAUAAUGGUGAUGGGAU